AUGGCAAAUCUUUAUAAAGUGGAGGAUGAACAGUUUAGCAAUUCCGCCACCAACAUUGAUCUGCCGUUACAAAAGCGAAAGUGGGUCCAGCCGGCCGGAGCGGAGGACCUACAGAAGGCGGCGUCGCCUUUCGGGAUAGAAGACUGGGAUCAGCUGGAACAAGUGCACAGCAACUUCAAGUGGGACUUCCCUAAUCUCCGACAAGCUUUCGAACAAGGCCUAAAGCUCCGUAUCGACACUAUUGACAAUAACAACAAUGUCUGCCUCUUCCGGAGUACGGAGAACGAAUAUGAACAUGUUGUUAUACCAACUCUGGUGGCGGUCGUGCCGCCUUUUUCUCCUUCCCUCAGAGAUAGCAAUCCGAACGAACAUCCCGAAAACGACUUUAAGGAAACCGUCGCGUUGAAGAAGAUGAAGAUGGGUUGGAUCCCAUACGUUAAGUCCAAACACGACAUUCCUCGUACUCGAAUAUUCGUGCUGGGUUGCAGUUGCACUCAGAGAAGGGCUGCUUUGAACCGCAUUGAGGAAGGCCCGUUUGAGCAGUUUCCGGACUGCAUGCUGUACGUGUUUAACACGCUCGAAUUCAAUCCUGUGGACCAAUGA